UAUUUCAAAGAAAAUAUUUUAUUUAUGGUGAUUUUGAGUAUAAGUACUUGGAAUAUGUGUUAUAUCUUUGUCACAUUUUUGGUUUUUCUGUUCGGAUUUACCGUUCAGGGCAAAUAUAUUGAAGGAGUAUUAAAAACAAGCGAAAAUUGGGCAUUUUUGACAAGAUUCUGCUUUUUAUCUGAAAACGGGGAGUUUGAAUAUGAAAUUGAGUUUAACGAAGAUCAAGGUGACCUAAAUUUACUGUUAUAUUAUGAUACGGACGAUCAAUGGCCAUCGGUGUAUAAAUCCAAUAAGACUUGUGAACAGAAAGAAUCAGCUUUGAACAGAGGCCAGAAUCAAAUAGUAAACCUCACAGCAUAUUUGGAAGUCUAUAGGGACCUCUCGGGUUGUUAUUUCGCACAAGAGCCCCGUACAACAAUCAAAACUUACACUAUUGUAGUUCCAACACUACCCUCAGUCAAUAGGACGGUUACAACGGAAACAACUAUGCUUCAUACCGUGGACACUUUGGCAUCAAGUACCGUAGAAGAGGCAAGUUCAACAGAAUACAGUUCAUCUCAAUUUUAUUCUUCAGAAAAUGUUGAGGACACCUCUACAGUGAGUACAACGAAUUCUUAUUCUUUGGAGAAUUUCUAUGAACACGAAUUGAUGAAAGAAACUACAGAAAUCGCGUUCAGUUUUGAAUCUGAAGACGAUUCAACUACACAAUAUUCUUUGGGAACAACACAGGAGCAUUUGAUAAAAAAGAGAUCGGUUCCAAACUCUGAUAGAAGAACUAAUUACGUAAGACGUGGUCGAACAAUCACAUGUCACAAUUCCAGGAGAUUUAGGAGUUCAAGGGAAAGGUGGUGGUUUAUAGCAGUUAGUAAUUGCGAUGGGACAAAGGGCAUCGACAUAAAGUAUAAAAUCUUGAUGACAAAUGGUGCACCUGGUGAUUAUUGGCACGAACAUUUUUCUGCUGACGAAUUUUAUAUCCUUCCGGUGCUAAUGGCAUUUGCUGUAUCUUACUCUUUUCUAAUGUUAGGAAUAGUAGUAUGUUCGAUCGAACUGAAGUCGAGGCAACUGUUACACACAACUUACAAAAUAUUUGUUCUCUCUGUCGUGUUGCAGCUUUUUGGAAUAAUGUUCGUGAGCUCUUGCUAUUUGAAACUAGCCAUGACAGGAUUUAUAGCGGUCAAAGUGAAGAGGCUUGGCAUGAUGUUAAUGGGAGCAUCGGAAACAAGUUUUCUUCUACUGUUGUUACUUUUGGCGAAGGGUUUCACUAUAACCAGAGGUCGCCUCCCAUUACCUGCCAGCAUAAAAUUGACUAUUUUCAUGUGUAUCUAUUCUGUAACUUAUGUAGCGAUAUUUAUUUAUGAAGCGAAAGUUUUUGACCCAGGGGAAGUAUUGUAUUUAUACGAAUCACCAGCGGGAUAUGGUUUGAUAAUACUGAGAAUUGUAGCUUGGUGCAUGUUUAUCUACUCUACUAUUUUUACCCUCAAACAUUACCCAGAAAAGGGAAACUUUUAUUAUCCUUUCAAUAUUUUUGGAACAAUCUGGUUUAUAGCAGGUCCAGCAUUUAUAUUAUCAGCGAAUAUCUAUAUAGAUAAGUGGAUUCGAGAGUCUGUUGUUUUUGCUGUACUUUUAUUUAUUUCUUUUGGAGGACAUCUAACAUUUUUGAUUUUAACAACGCCAUCGAUGGCAAAUAAGAAUUUUCCAUAUCACGUGAGAACCACUCAGAUAGGAAUUAUGGAAAUAGGGGGAAAUGCUGGUACAAGUACUAUGGAACAAUUCGGUCACCACAUUUAUGAACCGUCUGCCACAAUAAGGGAACAAACUGUUAUCAUUCCGCUGACUAGAAGAACUGAAGAAAUAUUUGAAGGAAUGUACAAUCGAACAGUUCUUCAUAAAAAUGUUACUCAGAGUGAUAAUCCCAGUAAUAUAGAGGAAAAUGAUAAAAGGAAUGUCAUGAUUGAAAACGUGUUGAACUGGUCUCUAGCUAAAAACACCCCUGCUAUAGAAUUGCCCAGAUUUGAGAGAACUCAUAAUCACAGCUCGACAACAUCUUCGAACUCCAGGGCAACAGUGUCAAGUGGUGCACUAAAUAUUUUGAGCAGGGAGCCUUCUUAUAAAGCGACUACGCAAUUGAAUAACUUUGACGAUUAUAUAAAAGAAGUUCCAAUAGAAUUAUUUACGGUCAGUAAGAUGGUAGUGACCACGAAUAAUUUGGUAAAGAAGGAUAUGUCAAAGGAAGAUUCAGAAUAAUAACAGUUGAAAAACGUCCUAGAAAAUUACUCAGUGGAAUCAAUUGU